UCAAGUCAAGUGUCAGUAGUGUCAAAAAUAGCAAAAAUAAAAAUAUUCACGUUUUCUUUGCUACGAUAAAAAUAAUUAUUUUGUAUUGUAUUGUGAACUAUUACUGAAAAUGCCAAAAAUUAAAGCUGAGAAGAAAUCAAGGAUUCAUAAUGAAGUCGCUAAGCAAGGAAUCCAGUUUAAUAAAGACUUUGGCCAACAUAUAUUGAAGAACCCUCUCAUUAUAACCUCAAUGUUAGAUAAAGCUGGAUUACGGCCAACAGAUGUUGCUCUUGAGAUUGGACCCGGUACUGGUAACAUGACAAUAAAAAUGCUAGACAGAGUCAAGAAAGUUAUUGCAUGUGAAAUUGAUACAAGGUUAGUUGCAGAACUUCAAAAGCGUGUUCAGGGCACACCAUAUCAAGCAAAACUUCAAAUAUUGGUUGGAGAUGUUUUGAAAAUGGAAUUACCAUUUUUUGAUAUCUGUGUUGCCAAUAUACCAUACCAGAUCAGCUCUCCUUUAGUUUUCAAGUUGCUACUUCACAGGCCAUUCUUCCGAUGUGCUGUUUUAAUGUUUCAACAGGAGUUUGCCCAGAGACUGGUUGCCAAGCCAGGGGAUAAACUGUACUGUAGGUUGUCAAUAAAUACCCAAUUGCUGGCAAGAGUUGAUAUGUUAAUGAAGGUUGGAAAGAAUAAUUUUAGACCUCCACCAAAAGUGGAGUCAAGUGUAGUGAGGAUAGAACCCAGGAAUCCACCUCCACCAAUUAACUUUGUAGAAUGGGAUGGCCUCACAAGGAUAGCAUUUGUGCGCAAGAACAAAACUUUAUCUGCUGCCUUCAAGCAAAACACAACAAUGGCUGUCCUUGACAAGAAUUAUAGGGUUCAUUGCUCAUUGAACAAUAAGGAAAUACCAGAGGAUUUUGACAUAAAAGAAAAAUUACAACAGAUUUUGUUACAAGCUGAGGCUGAUCAAUUAAGGGCAAGAACAAUGGAUAUUGAUGACUUUAUGAAAUUGUUACAUGCAUUUAAUUCUGAAGGAAUACACUUUGCAUAACAGAAAA